CGCCUCGCUUCGUCUUGCUGCCUGCGACGCGAAGCUACCUACUCCUAGCUAUCUAUAAACACCCCCGCACCUCGCGCCUCAUCUCCUUCCCCUCCUUCCCCCAUCUCUCGUUCUCGCCAUCGGCAGACACGGCGGCAGCAGCGUCUCUUCUCUCUCUCUCUGUCUAUCUCGGGACAAGUUUGGGAUAUUUAUAUACAAAUAUUCGAUCUUGCGUUGAUCGGUGCGCGCGGUGGCCAUGGCCGUCUGAGCCAUUGAUGAGAGCACCACCAGUACCGUUGGUUGCGGCGGCGGCGGCCGGACGCGAUGUCCGUUGUGGCGGCCGUGGGGCCUGGCGCCGCCGCGGCGGCGGCGGCGGCGGCGGGGGCUUACGGGCACGGGCAGCCGCUGUGCGGUGGCGGCGGCGGCGGGGCGAGGAAGAGGAAGGACGUGGGCGUGGUCCAGGACCAGGAGGCGGGGUUGCGGGGUAGUCACGUCGGCGCCGCGGCGCCGCGGCGUGGCGCCGGGCUGUUCGUGCUGGAGACGGUGGAGGAGGAGGCGGAGGCGGAGAGGUUGUCGUCCAUCGGCGCGGUGUCCGAGGACGAGGAAGAGGACGGGGAGGAGGUGAACAGCGGCGGGACGUCGUCGUCGACGACGAAGGGCGCCGCGCUCGCGUCCAUGGACAUGGACGCCCUCGACGACGCGCUCCCCAUCAAGAGGGGCCUGUCCAACUUCUUCUCCGGCAAGUCGCGUUCGUUCGCGAACCUGCAGGACGCGGCGUCGGCGGUGACCAGCGCCCGGGACCUGGCCAAGCCGGAGAACCCGUUCAACAAGCGCCGGCGGGUGCUGCGGUGCUGCUCCAUCCGGAGGGUCGCGUCCACCUCGCUCACCGAGCUGCCGCCCUUUUUCCUGCCGCCCACCACGGACCCCGGCAGCACCGGGGACGACGACGACGGCUGUGGCGCCGGCGGUCGUCGCCACAGUGGCUGAUGAAGAACGGGCCGGACGCCGGGUAUACAGUACAGACCAAGGAGGACUACUACUAUAUAUACACUGCAAGCAGGACGGAUGAAAUAUAUGAAACGCGCGCGCCAUGGAUCCCUUGUCCUUUGUAGUAAAUAGUUUGCAUUGGGAUCCAUCGUCUCACCAUUUCAUCUUUCAUCAGCAUCAACCAAGCAUGCAUGAUAUACUAUGGUAGGCGUUAAUUUCUUCAUUUAGCUAGCAAUCAAACACUCCAUCCAUCAUCGUAGAUUGAUGUGCAUCGCAUGCAUUGACCUGAGUACCAGAUCAAAUACGCACUGUGAUCCAUGCAUUCCCGGCCUAGCUAGCAGCUGCUCCUGGCUGGCCUCCUGCUGUGUGAUGCCAUUAGAAAGAGAGCUUGCUAGCUAGCGAGCUCAGGGGGCUCAGCCAACAACAAAUUAAUUAGAGGCAGCGAGCUAACCUUUUUUUUUUGAAGAUCACAAGGCGUGCAGAUGAUGCACUAAUUUAUACAUUGAGCAAGUUUCAUCACACAAUCUGUUCAUUUAUUUGAUAUACUCUUAUGAUAGGAGCAUAUAUAUAUUCUACUAGUGCACUUUGGAUAUAUAUGCUCUGAUGGCAUGCAUGGAUUAUGGAAAGUUUUAUAUACUCUACUCAUCACUAGCUCUCGCCAACAAACCACACUUGGAAGCACCUUGCUGUAUGCUGCGGUGCAUGCAGUAGGUUGAUCGAUGAUGCCUUUUGCCAAAGAGCAAAGAUAUCGAUGAAGUGCAUGCAUGCAAUUUGUACUUUAAUGUCCUCCUUUUUGUUUACUUCUUUUUAAGAAACUCCUCCUUUUUAAUUA